AAUUUUUAAAAAUUUCAACAACAGAAAACUAAUUUGUUUUGUACUUCCGAUAACCAAUAUAUGUUUCAGUUUUCAUUCUGAUUUUUAAAUAAUCAUUAUAGUCACGGAAUUAUCGCUCAUCCCUAUUAAUUUGAGGUGUUUGACCAAAAGAUAAGCUCGUUUAACCGCAAUCAGUACAACAUAACUUAAUCAGAUCGAAACUAUGUCGAAAUCCGAAGAGUUCACAUUCCGGCGUGCUAAGGCUGAUGAUAUAAAGGAUGUGUUAUCUAUGAUUCAGGAACUAGCUGACUUUGAGAAAAUGAGCAAUGGCCCGCAGCUUACCGAGGAGGAUCUUAAAAGAGAUGCAGGAUUAACUGGGGGUCAAGAAUAUUGUGAAGUUUAUGUACUUAUAGACAAUGCUAAUAACCAGGCAAUUGGCUACUCCAUAUGCUACAAGGCAUACUCCACUUGGCAGGGUCGCUACUUCUUCGUCGAGGACAUCUACGUGCGCCCAGAGCACCGAAAGCGUGGCGCCGGCAAGCGAAUCUUCCUGGAGGUCUCCGCCCGGGCAGUGGAGCUCCAAUGCCCGCGCCUGGAGUUCAAUGUUCUGGAGUGGAACCCAGCCCGCCAAUUCUACGAACGCCUCGGAGCCGUGGAUUUGACAGCCAAAGAGGGCUGGCACUACUACCGCGUUGAGGAGCAGCAGCUGACCAAAUUGGCCAAGGAUCUGGCUGCAUACAAGACUUGAUGGGUUUUCAACUUUUACUUCUUUAUAGUAGAAAGAUAAAUAAUUAAUAAUA